GUAUAGGGCCUUUGAGGGAGUUUUUAAUCCGGGGGUAUUAAUCCCUUUUAAUUACUUAAUCCUUUUUAAUGACUUCCAUAAAACAAUAGGGAAGAGGAAAUGAAAUUUAACGAGGUAUUUCCGGUCAGGAUGUGUGUUAAUUAAUGCAGGUAUUUCCUGUCAGGAUGUGUGUGAAUUAAUGCAGGUAGUUUUUUCAUGGAAAGGGUGGCAUCUGGGUCAUAAAACUUGAAUUAUGAGGGUCUUUCCUCUGGAGGAAGUGUUUACAUCAUGAGUCAUCAUCAUGGGAGAGGUCUGGGGAUGGACGUGUUACUGGUAGGACGGGCAAUGACCAAAUGACCAAAACAAUGGGCCUGUGCCAGUUAUGUUGUUUGUACGCAGGUACGUAUUUCCGACCAAUGAGAAUGCGAGGAUCCUUGUUGGAGUGACGUCACCAUUGUGCGUGCUUGUGAUUGGAUGAGGAAACAGGAUGGGGUGACUGAGAGGGGCGGAGCCUAAGGGGUGGGGUAGGGUAUAAACGUCGGAGGAUUCGCCUCAUUUUGUAUCAUAGACAUCAGCGCUAAGACAACAUCAUUCAAAAUGGCCGCCACUACCUCAACCUUUGGAGUAAUGACUUCCACCCCAGUAUCAUCAUUCAACAUGCUCAAUACUCCACCUACGAAGAGAGUACCAGCCAAUGACUUUGCCGCUUUAACUAGGCCCUCAUACAACGCUAGAGCUGCGGCAGCAUCCCCACCACCACCACUGACGCCAGAAGGCCUACCGGGACACAUCUUGGCUAUGAAGGAUCUAAACGGCGAGGGUAAAGAAAAUACAUACAAGGACGCCAUCUUUCAACUGGAGCAAGAGUUGGAAAACACAUGCCCCUUCGAGCCUACACCUAGCGUGACAGCGCCAUCCCCGAGCUGCUGGGCACCAAGAAGAGAGCUGGAAAGACCAAAUCAUGCAGGCAUGGACACCAUUAAGAAAGUCCUCAGGUUUGAUGACGACGACGUCAUCUUUAUUUCAGGCGAUGAGGAGGAGGAGGAGGCUGUGGAAGAAGGAGAGAUCAUCUCGGUGGUGCAGCCAUCUCAGAGGAGGGAUAUCAGCGACCAACUACCUGUGGCUCCAGUCCUGAUGGCUGUGAAGGCAUUAUCAGCAAGGAUUCAUACCCUGGUUGUCGAGGGAUGCCAGGGAUGUCAGGACGACCAGCCAGGGCAGGAAGCCCACCUGGAUUGCCUGUAUCAGGAAUGGCACGAGAAGGUGGACACACACUUCAUCGGGGCCAUCAACCGCCUCAACGAAAAAGAAUUUUUGGAUUUUUUACCGUCCGUCUACAACACAUCCAUCAUGUUCGACGAUGAAAUGGACGAAGCCUUGGCCGAGGCGGUCGAAUUCUUCCACUUUGACUUUCAAAACAACGACGUACAGGAAUUUAUAAAAACAAAGAUGAUGAAGCAGUAAUGUGAAUAUGGCUUAGGCACUAUGCCUCUGGACUCUUUAUUUGAUAAUACCUAUCCAAACACAGUACCGAUUUAUUUCUUUCAUGAUUUUAUUUUGUCAUUUUUCUGUUUUGGUUAUUUAUGUUGGUUUAAUGUUAAAUACAUUGUUUGCGUUAAACUGAAAAGAA